GCGGUGGAGACGAGCGCGCAGGCUGGAGGGGAGGGCCGGCGCUCGCAGCCCCCGGGGCAGGAGGGGGCGAAGAAGAGGGUGGCGCGAGCGCAGGGAGGAAGGGAGAAGAAGUUUAUCGGGGCGCACGUGUCCAUAGCAGGGGGCAUCUGGAAGGCAGUGGAGGAGUGCGUGUCCUUGGGGGGGCGCUCUUUCGCCAUGUUCCUGGGCUCCCAGCGCUCGUGGCAGCGCCCCCCCCUGGACGAGAAGGCGGCGGCCAGGUUCCGGGAGGCCUGCCGCGAACACGGGGUCGAGCCCGCCUUCAUUCUGCCUCACGGCUCCUACCUGAUGAACUGUGGCUCGCCCAAGCAAGGUGCCACGGUGGGCGGCCAGUUCUCCGAGCUGCGCGGGAUCAUCGAGCGGGUUCGGGACAAGAGCAGAGUGGGGGUGUGUCUGGACACCUGCCACGCCUUCGCCGCGGGCUAUGACAUUUCUGCGGCCGGAGGGAUAAAGAAGGUUCUGGAUGAGUUUGACUCUGUGGUGGGGCUGUCGUAUCUCAGAGCUCUUCACCUCAACGACUCCAAAGGUGAGACUCGUGUCCCCGUCUGUCCCCGUCUCUGCGUGCGCACGGCUCUCUCGUCCCCGAGACCGGCUCUGGCCCUCCAGGGCCACAGCCCAGUGGGACUCCGGGGGCUCCAGACUAUCCCAGCCUGGGAACGCGUAAUGUUCCGGGGUGUGACUGUGGAAAGAGUUCAUGUUAAUGCCAGACCUGAAUUGAGCCCUUCUCUGCACCUGAAACCAAGAGCCCAGAAAUCUGCUUGUCCGUGGCCCUCAGGGUCCCGAACUGGGGUGAUCUCACGCUCCACCCCCCCUGCCCCUUGACCUCCAAGGUGAGCGUGAGGUUUGACUGGGGAGCUGGGAGGUCACGCCUUUGGCUCCCUGCAUUUCCACUACUUGCCACUAGGGGGCACUGAAGCUCUAGCCUGCAAAUGUUCACUGUAGUUAUUGGAGGUCAGCAAGGUAAUGCAAUGGUUAGCGUUGCUUCCUC